CGGCACUUGGCUUCACAUUCGUCAGUGUGUGCAUUCCAGUUUUUGGCUAUAGUAGGCUGUGCUAUAGUUCAUUGGUCGCACUAACUUAAACUCAGCUAUAGGUUUAGCUCAGAAUUGGCAGAUAAACCAUAUAGAACGCUCACAAACGGACGCCCCCAAAGCAGGAAGUGCUGCCCCGAACAACACAAAAAACAAACCUUUUGAAGCUCGUUUAAUGGGUUCAAGAACCAAAAGAACACGCUAUUUCCAGGAACGCAAGGAUUUUUACUCCUACUCUGAAUUGCUGUUCCGAACAGCAACUGUGAUCAUUGAUCCUACUGCAUAAGUUAUCGAACACAGCACCGGCCUUUCUUCAAACUCCUCCCACCACACCAACCCUAGUCAAGUUUAUCUUUCCUUUUUCCAUCUUUUCAUUUCACCACCAACAGGUUGUUCUGUUAUUGUAUUGUGUUGAUUGUGCAUUGUUUUUAAAUUAAUAAAUUAAGAGACUCCUCAGUAUUAAUUAGGCUUCUUAUUUGCACUUUGCAGUAAGAUUGACUGCUACCUCACAAAAAUGAGCGUCAACGCCGUCAACAUAAAAGAGCUGGUUGAUUCUGGAUCCAGUUUCGAAGUAACUCCUGCUACAUUUGAAGAAAUUGAAAAAGACUUAAGAAACGAAGAUGGCGUCGAAAUCACUGAUGAAGAAUUCGAUAAAGAACUCUCCAAACAUGUCAAUUACCAAUGCAUUGGUGAUUUUGAGGACGAGAACACGUACGAUAGCAGCGAACCUUUUGCUGUUCUAGCGACAAAAAUGACCGACUUAAUCAAAGGACACUUGAAAAAAAGAGUACUUAGAGAAGGGUACGGUAAUUAUCCAGAAGAAAACUGUAUCGCAAGAAUACAUUAUAAUUCUUACACUGAAUUCAGUGAAACACCAUUUGAUUGUACUUAUGCCAGAAAAAAACCCAUGAGCGUUACUAUUGGCAAAACAAGUAUUAUUCCUGGACUGCAUUAUGCGAUCCAGACAAUGAAAAUCAAUGAACUUUCUCAGUUCUUAAUUGGGCCUGAAUUAGCCUAUGGUGAAAUGGGUGUUUUCGAGAGAAUCCUUCCAAAAUCAACAAUCUUAAUUCAGGUAGAGCUCCUCGAGGUUAUUGAGAGUGGGGCUGCUUUAUGCUUUGAAAAUCUGCCUCCAGAAGAGAAAACCGAGUUUAAGCAAGCCUAUAAGUAUUCUAUGGCUCAAUUGGCUAAAGGAAAAGAUUUAUUUAAACGCACUGUACCUGCAGCUGUAAAAGCAUUCAAUCUAGCUAUAAAUGCUUUAGAUAACGCUCAGAUGAUGGUUCACGAAGAGCAAAUACAACAACAAGAACUUUUGUUCAAAUUACUUUCCAAUCUACUAGUUUGUCACACAAAAAUGGAAGAACCAAAAAAAGGCUGCACCUCUUUCAAUAGAAUGAAGGACAUGUGUAAAGGUACUGACUUGAAAAUGCCUGCUAAAGCUUACUUCAAUAAUGCCAGAUGUUUGAGAAUGUUGGGCGAUUACAAAAUGGCAAAGAGCCGAUUGCAAAUGGCCCGCAAUUUAGAGCCCCGCAAUCCAGAUAUUUUGAAUGAAUUUAAGAUUAUUGACGAUGCCCAAAAAAGGGAUAAUGAUAAGGAAAAACAAAUGGCAACUGCUUGGAUGAAGGCAGUGGGAACGUAAAUAAUAUUGCUACCAAAAAUUUAUUUUGUAUCUUAUUUUUAGUUUAGUUUUCAUAAUUUGUUUUUAGUUUAGUUUUGGAAGUUUAUAGAGUACUUUUUCUACGUUUUUAUGUUGGAAUUUGAAUGUCAAUGGGAUAUAGUUGGCUCUUAGUUUAGUGUUGAAAGUUUUCAGAAUUUGUUUAGUUUUGGAACUUUUAACUAGAAUUUUUAUUUUGAUUGGUCAGAAUUUGCUUUUAGUUGAAUUUUGAAGGCUCACAGAAUAUUGAUACGUUUUUAUGUUAGAAUUUGUAUUGUACUGUAUGUACUUAUUAAUAAAAAAAAUAAUAAUAAAAUUUUUCCCCGUUUUAA